UGGGAUUUGCAGCAUUCCGCGAAGAGUUUAGACUCGUGGGCCAAUAGAAUCCGAGCACAGGCGGCGGUACUCUCGAAUUAGCCAAUGAGAAGCGCACGGGUCUCGGUCGCCUGGGAAACCGCGUGACAACAAGAUGGCGGCGCCGCGGGAAGGCUCGGUGGCCCUGCGUGGGAGUUCCUGACAGCUAAAAUCUAGAAGCAGAACUAUGAGCUCGCCUUUGGCCUCCCUUGGCAAGACCCGAAGAGUCCCCCUGGAGUCAGAGCCUGUGAAUCCAGGGAGGCGAGGGAUAAAAAUCUACGGAGAUGAAGACGAGGUAGAUAUGCUGAAUGAUGGACGUGGCUCAGAAGAAAGGAUCUCUGUCCCUUCCUGCUAUGGAGGUAUAGGUGCUCCUGUGAGUAGGCAAGUCCCUGUAUUCCAUGACUCGGAGCUGGUGGCCACCCUGUCGAGGAAGUUGCGGGACCUGGAACAGCAAGUGAAGGCUCAGACUGAUGAGCUGCUGUCCAAGGAUCGGAAGAUACGGGCUCUGGAGGAAAUGUUGCAGACCCUCCGGGAGCACCAGGGCAAGGUCACCCUGCGGCGGCAGAAGCAGCUGGAGACCACGUGCUUGCAGCUGCAGCGGCAGGUGGGGGAGAUGGAGCGGUUCCUCAGUGAUUACGGGCUGCAGUGGGUGGGUGAGCCCGAGGACCAGGAGGACUCAGAAGACAACUCAGACUCGGAGGAUGGCAACACAGACUGGAUGACAGCCAAGAAGUUCUGGAAGCCAGGGGACUCAUUGGUGCCCCCCGAGGUGGACUCUGACAGGCUCCUGGCCAGCCUGAAGGAUCUCAGUGAGCUGGUGGUAGAGGGUGACACCCAGGUGACACCAAUGCCCGGGGGAGCACGGCUCCAUGUCCUUGAGCCCAUCCCACUGAAGCUCUAUCGGAAUGGCCUCAUGAUGUUCGAUGGGCCCUUCCGGCCCUUCCAUGACCCCUCCACACAGCGCUGCCUGCGAGACAUUCUGGACGGCUUCUUCCCCUCAGAGCUCCGGCGACUGUACCCUGACGGGGUCCCCUUUAAGGUGAGUGAUCUGCGCAAUCAGGUCUACCCGGAGAAUAGGCUGGAACUGUUCCCAGGUGAGGGCCGCGUGGUGGGCUGGCAGAGGAUUCACAAGCCCAUGGACAGGAUGGAGCCCCCAGACCCUCCCCAGGCCCAGGCUCCCAACGCACUCCCUGCAGGCUCCAGGAUGACUGCUGAGAAGUUUCUGAACAGGCUCCCCAAGUUUGUGAUCCGGCGAGGCGAGGUGAUUGACAUCCGGGGCCCCAUCCGGGACACCCUGCAGAACUGCUGCCCAUUGCCUGCCCGGAUCCAGGAGAUUGUGGUGGAGACACCAGCCUUGGCUGCUGAGCGUGAGAGGAGCCAGGAGUCCCCCGAGUCACAGGCGCCCCUGCUCUCCAUGCUGCGCAUCAAGUCUGAGAACGGCGAGCAGGCCUUCCUGCUGAUGAUGCGGCCCGAGGACACUGUUGGCGAUGUGCGCACCCUGCUUGCACAGGCCAGAGCCGUGGACGCCACGACCUUCGAGAUCAUCAGUACAUUCCCACCCACGGUCUACCACGACGACACGGUCACGCUGCAGGCCGCAGGCUUGGUGCCCAACGCAGCGCUGCUGCUUCGGGCUAGCCGGGCCCCACCGCCUGCCCCAGGCCCUGGCCCCUGAUCCAAAUAAAGCGCCCGCUCCCACACUG